GCUUCAACAAAACAAAGUGGGCUUUUGGUACGUAAUUCGAAAACGCCAAAGGUACGGUUACUUGUUGAGGUUAACCCUCUUUUUAUUUUUAAUACUUCCUUCCUUUCAAAGUUCCACAACUCACACCCCCCCUUGUACGUGGCCUUGUUAGCAUUUUGCAAUGCCUCAGGACCAAGAUGCGCUCUACAAAGUCGGCCGCGGUGGGGCAGGCAACUACGUCUCGUCGAAACAGGCCGACGAGGCAUCCAAAGAUCUUGAAGCGCAGCAGCUAAAGGCCAUUGCCUCUUCCUUCUCUUCGCCGUCAGCGGCCCCGUCGCAGCCGCAGGGCCCCGCAAGAGCCGGCCGUGGAGGAGCCGGAAACUUCAUCGACCCGUCGUAUGCCGCGCAGAACCAGGGGCGGCUGGCGGACGAGACGGGGGCCGCCGUGGCAUCGAGCCUGAAGAAGAACCCGCAGCCUCACCGCGCGGGCUGGUCGGGGCGCGGGGGAGCCGGCAACUACAACUGGGAGCAGGCCGCUGAAGAAGAGAGACGGCAGCAGGAGGAGGAGAACAAAGCAGAAUUGGAUAAGAAGAUUAAAGAAGCGGUCGAAGGAGCCUUGAAGAUGCCGGAAAAGGCGCAUCAGCACGUAACCAAAGAGGAGGAAGCGGAAGAGGAGCAAGGGUGAAGUGCAAACUGUGGACAACACGAUUUCCUUCAACCAUCCUGCAACUGAGGCAAGCCCCUGCGUGAUAUCGGCCCCAGGGCCAUGAUUCUCAGCCGGACGAAUGCCUACUAUAUUCAAGAGAACAUCUUCAGAAGCAGGAAAGAGCCUUGAGUUCAAGCAACCGAGGCCAUGCAUCGCCGAGACUUGAAGCAUACCUGCAGGCCGAAUUAUUACGGGCUACUGCCGAGCGCACUUAGAUAGACAAGUCGAGACCUCGUACCGGCCCUUGAGCAUCACCACAAGAAAGAAGCAAAUCAAUAUAUAGUUUAUCAUAUAUCGCCUUGUAAAUUAUAUAGAAAUUAAACUACAGUAUUUUAACAAACUGCAGAUAGUCCGCAACCAAUCAACGCGCCCAAUC